GUAUAUUUGUUUUGUUCCUACGACUCGUUGACCUUCCAUAACGUUGACUCGUCCGUAAUAUUAUGCAAAUUUGCACCAUUGAACCGUUCAAGCGCGCACUUUGCUUCAAUCACCGGGACGGUUUAGUCUCUUGUGCAAGAAGAGCUUUGCCAAAACGCGUUUGACCUCGUUGUUUACACAUUACCUUCGCUCACAAACUCUUCUCAAGGCUUUGAAAUGGGCGAAUGUAUGACAAAGCUGUGUCAAUGUCAUCUUUGUCGAUGCUGCGAGUGCGGACCAGCAUGUGGUUGUUGUUUAUGCUGUAGAAAGUGGUUUGGCGAUUGGUGGAUGUGUAGUGACUGUUGCGAAGAGCAAGAAGAUGAAGAAAUGAUAAUUCAAAGCCCCAAGAAGCCUCAAAAACCUCCAGACGAAGGGGAAGGCAUGUAUCAAUAUGAUAAUGGCGACUUCUACGUUGGAGAAUGGCGAAGAGGGAAACGACACGGCUACGGCUCUUUGGAGAAGAGAGACGGAACACGUCUGGUAGGUUUUUUCUAUGAAGAUGAUUAUGUGGGAGAGAAGCCCGAUGACAGGUUGAAACGAAGCCCUGUGACGUCACGACCUUUUUCUAAGAAACACAAAACAUCUGACGAUGAAACAGAAGGAGAUCUCAGAAAAGGCGAUAUCCAGAAAAUCGAGCAAGCCAAGGCCGAGGAAGAGGAAACAUCACGUGACCGACUAUUGAAUGGCAAAAACGGCCAAUCGUACGACACUAUACAGUCAACUCCACGUACUCAUGCAAUUAUAUGGCUCACGCAAGUACUUCAAUAUAUCGUGACUUCUCUCAUCAAUAUCCGGUCUGAUCAAAGCAAAAUGGGGGCAAACUGCGCUAAAUGCUGCAUAUGUUACUGCCUGAAGUCUGUAGAAUGUCCAGCAUUCUGUCGCUGUCCUAGUCCAGUCAGGUCGUGUACAGAAGGCUGUUGUGAAUGCGCUGAUUGCUGUGAUGACGUCGAUGAAGACAUGGCAGCUGUUCUACAAGUAGACAAGCCUCGACCCAGACACGGUGAAGCCAGCUAUACGUACGAUAAUGGUGAUGUCUAUUUUGGUCAUUGGAAGAAUGGUUUAAGACACGGCAAAGGAGAGCUGGUCAGACCCGAUGGGACAAGACAAAAGGGAUAUUUUGAAAACGACGAAUACGUUGGUGAAGAUCCCAUCAUACAACUCGAGCAAAUAGGACCUAGAGAAACAMCCCCAGAAGUCURGGAUUGAUCCAGUAUGCAAUUAAUCGAAACUCGCU